UUAGAAUCCCUUGGCUCCCCUGCGAAAGGAAUUAACAGUAACAUCUUGUUUAGAAUCCCGUUCUGUCUCCGGAUUAUCGGCCCUGGGUAAUGGAUAGGAGACGAUGUGAGCCGGUUUGGAACGAGUGGGAGUGCUGAGUGUGGACGAACUCUGCACCGCUUACCUUCUUUAGCGACUGAUUGCGCUGCAAGCGACCCUGGUUAUUGAAUUGGAAGGAUGAACACCAGCAAAUGACAUGUGUGCGCGUUUUUGAAUCCAGGCGCUGCAGUUCAGUUUUGCAGGUGAAGUGCUCGAUUCAAAUACAGAUAGCUGCAUGGUAUCGUCCAGGGUUCCAGUUAUGGUCGAUUCUCAUUGAGGAGGGAACAGAGACUGGAUUGGACCCAGAAUAAGGGGAAAUAAAUGAGGGACACGGACUGCAAAUCAACGCACCCUCUGCCCGUAACCACUGAGGGUCUUUCUUUUGUGCAUGAAUAUAAAUCAGAUUGAGUCCGGUUUGGAACACCAGCGCAUGGAUGUCUACCAACCCAUUGUGUCCUUCUGCAACUAUCGGCUACAGAAGGAACGAUCGACAUAUGUGUAGCAGGAUAUCGCAUCCUUUACUACUGGAAGCGGAGGGUUGCUGAAGGAAUUCCACGCAAAGCGAUUUAAAUCCUUAGGCUGCACGGCGCUAUGCCUCGGGACCUGUAGCAUCGUGACUCAUUCUCCAGCAUAUAGGUUAAAAGAUUUCAACUCAAGUGGAAUUAAAAUAGUUUUGCUUCAGCUCCAUGCAAAUUUACAUACUAGGCAGGCGCUGGUGAAAGGGAAAUAUCGACCCCCUACACUAAACCAUGGCCUAAGGAAACUUUAAUAUCGAGGUCAUCUGCUUUAAACGCGCCUCGUUUUACAAAUCCAGGACACUUUGUAAUGCGGGGCAUAUAUUAUACCAGGAUUGUAUACUCUGGAAUGUUAAAACCGACUAUUAUAUAGAACAUCAAAUGCAUACAGGCUAUAGCUACCACUUAUAUUUAACGCAGGUCUAAUACAAUGAUAACGUUAAUGUAGACUAAUGUAAAAAUAAACUCAAAUACCUUUCAGUUUUUUUUAAAUUACUAUUGUACAAUAUGAUGCCUGGAUUUUUAGCGCUUUCGUGCUGCCCUGUGUUGAAUGAAUCAACAGUGUUCUAUAGGUUUUCAUAAGAAAAGGGGAUUUUUCAAGACAAUUUGAUUUUGAUCUUAUGUUAAGCAGUUUUAAUGCCCCCGCUGUUUACCACAUUGUCUCUCUCGUUUAUUGAUAAAGGUGUUUUGGAUGCGAAUCCGCCAGACUGUUGCACGAGCCCGUUCAGAAUUCUGGGUGCCUUAUUCAAGCAAAAUAUGACAGGGUUGAAACCUGAGAUUUUAAUGAUGACUUUUACCGUUAAACGGAACAACUUUCCGCUUCACAGGAAAACAAACCCCGGUCCUAUAUAUUUGCUGAAUUGAAAAAAAGGGGAGAUUAUUAUUAUUAUUAUUAUUAUUAUUAUUAUUAUUAUUAUUAUUAUUAUUAUUAUUAUUUAUUAUGCCAGAGCCAUUGUUUUUCAAAAGCGUCAGAGAUGAAGGAAAAGUCUAAGAAUGCUGCGAAGACGAGACGAGAAAAAGAAAAUGGAGAAUUCUAUGAACUGGCGAAGUUAUUACCUUUGCCUUCAGCCAUUACAUCCCAGCUGGAUAAAGCUUCCAUUAUCAGGCUGACAACGAGUUACCUGAAGAUGAGGGCCGUCUUUCCAGAGGGGUUAGGAGAUGCAUGGGGGCAGCCGAGUCGCAUGAGUCCCUUGGACAACAUGGCUAAAGAACUGGGGUCCCACCUACUUCAGACUUUAGACGGCUUUGUGUUUGUUGUAGCAUCUGACGGCAAAAUCAUGUACAUCUCAGAAACUGCCUCUGUCCAUUUGGGUCUGUCCCAGGUUGAGUUGACUGGAAACAGUAUUUACGAGUACAUCCAUCCCUCUGAUCACGAUGAGAUGACCGCUGUGUUGACUGCCCACCAGCCCCUGCACCCUCAUCUACUGCAAGAGUAUGAAAUGGAGCGGUCGUUCUUCCUCCGGAUGAAGUGUGUCCUGGCCAAAAGGAACGCAGGCCUUACCUGUGGAGGCUACAAGGUCAUUCACUGCAGUGGCUACCUAAAGAUCCGGCAGUACCUGAUGGACAUGUCUCUCUAUGACUCCUGCUACCAGAUCGUGGGGCUGGUGGCUGUGGGGCACUCCUUGCCCCCCAGUGCCAUCACUGAGAUUAAACUGCACAGCAACAUGUUCAUGUUCAGAGCCAGCCUGGAUCUCAAGCUCAUAUUCCUGGAUUCAAGAGUAGCUGAAUUAACUGGACACGAACCCCAGGACUUGAUUGAGAAGACCUUGUAUCAUCAUGUUCAUGGAUGUGAUGUCUUCCACUUAAGAUAUUCCCAUCACCUAUUGCUGGUAAAAGGUCAGGUCACCACCAAGUACUACAGGCUGCUGUCGAAGCACGGUGGCUGGGUGUGGGUCCAGAGCUACGCCACCAUCGUACACAACAGCCGCUCAUCCAGACCUCACUGUAUAGUGAGUGUCAAUUACGUCUUGACGGAUAUCGAGUACAAGGAGCUCCAGCUCUCCCAAGAUCAGUCUGCAGCCUCCAAGUCUUCAUUCACCUACAGGACCUCCCUGACUGCCUCACAGGACUCACGCAAACAACUCAAAUCCAAAUCCAUUAAACUGAAAACUAAACUAAAAACAGCUCCCUACCCACAGCAAUACAGUUCAUUUCACACAGACAAACUGGAAUGCAGCCAGACUAGUAACUGGAAGGAAAGCCCAACGUAUAGCAACACCCCACCCCAAGAGCACAGCUGCCACUCGGAGAACAGUGAAGUGCUCCACACGCCCCCGUACGGCCUAGCCUUCCCCUACCCUUACGCACACCUCCCUGGGGAAUCUCAAGUGCUGGGUGGAAAGAAGCAGAGCUUUCCCUCCAAGGUGAGACAGCCCCAGGGAUCUCCUUGUGAGGUGGCCAGGCACUACCUGAGCCCCCUGCAGCCCAGAGGAGAGGUCCGCUGGAACUAUGCAAACUCCUGCAUGGCUCGGUCCACCGCAAAAACACAUCACCACAGCCAGGCAAUCAGCGGAACACACCACGCUCCAGGGCCCAUGGCAAACAGAAGAUACAGCAACGAAGCAAUAUCUGAAGGCUUUUCCAGCUGCUCAACCUCCAGACCUAACAGCAGGUUCAAGGAAGAACCUUACGAGCAUAACACGGUUGGCCAGGACAAAAUAGAAUCCAGGCUGCACACCCCUCAACAGAUCACUAAAGAAGAAAGCAAGAUGCCGUUCACCCUUGACCCAGAAGACACCCUGGGCUGCAGUGAAAAGCCUUUCCCUGAGCCUCUCAUGCUCAAUAAGUCAAACUGUGACCCCCCAAAACAGCUGAACCAACUGAACCAGCACCUGCCCAUGCAGGCGGUAUUCGAACAGACCAGGAGGCUCUGUAUGAAAGAGUCUCAGUACGGGCACCAUGGCAACCACGGGGCUUUAGAGCAAAUGGACAAUGGUGACCGGGAAACCCCAAAGCUAAUCGACCAAGAGAAUGCUGAUGAGCAGAAGAUGUUCAUGGGCAUGGGGAUGGCCGGGCAAGCCCCCUACGUGUCUCUGAACUUCCAUCAUGUUUUAGCCAAGCAUGGCUCCUUCCAGGGGCCACCGUAUGCACUAGCGGGCCAUAUAACGGAAAAUUACAGCUACCGAGCGGAAGAGAAUAACCAGUACAUUUACAAAAACCAAAGCCCUGCUUCUAGUUCUUCACCAGAGACCCACAGAGAAACAGGAAUCCCACAUUAUAUUGGGACAUCUGUGAUUAUAACUAACGAAAGGUGACGCAGCCCCUUCACGGGAAGAAACUAGAAGAACAUAAGAGUCAGGACUUUAGUUCAGGAGCAUAACAGGGUCACUAUCAGUCCACACUGCAGCAUAUGAUAGUGCUUUUAACUGUGGAACAUUGUAGUGUCUGUGGAUGACUGAUUUGUUUCAUGAUGUGCGAAUAUCAUACCCUUAGCCCUUUCACCCUGAGUCAGAAUGGAAACUUAGGUUAAAUGCUUGAAUAUUUUUUAAAAUCUCUUUAGAAGUGAAUGUAUUUAAUAGAAUGCUGAAUCCUGAAUCUAACAGGUAUAAUAGCAUAAAGCCUGGAGUACUAAUGUAACAGUACACUUACUCUUAAAUGGUUUGCAAGUGCGCCUGAUGUAAAACGAUUCAUUUAAUACCUUCAUUUGAUAGAUUCUAAUUUGGGAAACUCAUUUUCUGCACUGGGUCCCACAACAUUUAAGUGUAACAGUGUCAAGUAAUCAUAGAGCAUUUACCAAUGACUGUCCUAAAGUGCACGAUCGUGGGCCAGCACGCAGUAAUACAGGGACAGUAAAUUGUGACAUUUUCCAUUUCCAGAUAAGCUGUAGUAGAGUGGUAAUUUGGAGCUCUUAAGAAAAUAGCACAAACAAUAUUUUAACUAAAAAAGCGCCUGAAUUAUGUCUUGAUACCGACAAUGCCAAAAUAAACCACAGAUUUGUAGCAAGUUAAAAGUGUUUGUAACAUGGACUAUAAAGGACCAGCACAUAAGUUACUUAAAUGUAAUAUUCUACAAAAGUGAAGCAUUUAAGACUGGGACAGUACAGUAUGGGUUGGAAAUAACCAAUCAUGUUCUGGACCCAAGUUCCAUUGUGAUUCACCUAUAAUUCGUUCCAGCGUUACAUUUUAAAACACAUGUGGGUAACGCUUUAUAUCAAGUAUCUCUAAUUACAUUGUAAUAACACUUUUAUAUAUACACGCGAUUACAUAGUAAUUACAUUGUGAUUACACUGUAAAAAUACACAACCAUGUGUAUAAAUAGUCUAAUUACAAAAUAUGUUAACUGACGCCAAUAAUAAAGCAUGUCUUUACAUAGUAACUACACAACUAUAUGUGUAAUUACUGUGUUACCAGUGUAAUUAGUGUAGUAAGAUAUACUGUAUAAUGUAAAGUGUUACCCAUGUGUGAAAGCGCUUUUUUUUCUCAACAGCAAAAUAGGAUGCAGUUGCACACUACAAGGGAUAAAUCUCAGUAAUUAUGUGUUUAAAAAAAAAAAGGUCAUCAGCACUUUUGGAAUUCUUUAUUCAAAUUUCAAUAUUCAUUGUUAAAUAAUGCCACCAUCGUCUCUCGUCUCCCCAGUGAAAAUGCUUAUCAAUCAUCUAAUUGAAGUGUCACCGUAUGAAAUGCUAUAUGCCAUUUUUACUCGUGUGACAUGCAAUUACACUUUUUUUUAAAAUGUGUAACAGAAACAUGUUUAAACAGAAGUUUAAUACAUGCUGCAACAUGAUUGUAUUUCAUUUAAAAUGAUCAGUAGUAGAAUGCAGUACUGUAUAAAAGGUUGUGCUGUUAAGUGCAAGCCAGCCAACAGCUAUCAUAGUCUGUGCCCAGAGUUUAAAAGCAAGAAAGCCAAAGGUCAUGACUGAAAUUCUAUACAAACCAAUGCGGUUCCUCUUUAUGCUAAUCAACAGUUAUGCGUACAUUUUUUUUUGGUAAAUGCAAUGUGCUUUAUGUUUCACAUUAACAUGCCAUUGCAAUUUAGAAAUAAAUAUCAAGAAAACUGAUGCUUUUGAUUAUAUCCUCUGCAUUCCUUAGUGGAAAUGGACAUUCAAAAUCAAUAUAAAAACCCAAGCCUUCUCUAGCCUGGCAAUUAACUACAAAUUAAAAGAAGUUCUAACUUAGGUUCUAGUAACAAUUUGCAGCCCUUCUGUUGAAGACAGUCACACUGUUUGCUCUGUUUAUUUAUGUUAAUACCCAUUUAAUGCAAAACUUUUGCAUUAAAACACACUUGUAUAACCAGCCACUGAAACAAUGACACAAAUAACUGAAAUAGCAAAGCGAACAUAAUGCCAGUACACUCAAACCAGAAAGAAAACAUAUUUGCCGGUUUUGAUGGAAAGCAAUAAGUAGACUUGACUAAACCAAAGCAGGGACCUUUUUCCUUGAGUACAGCCAUAAAUUCAUUCUGCUUAUUUCCUAGUUUGCUGUUAAACACCUGAUCAUCGUUAUUGCGAUGUACAAAGCAUUGUUUUAAACUAUAUUGAAAUCCAGAAAUUGUUGGGUGUUAACAGUAAGCGUAUCUCUUAAUAUGUACAAGGUUUCAUAUGAGCAUGUGCUUGUUUUUUGUUAAGGAGAACCCUUUACUUUUGUUACUACACAUAGGUAGUUUAAAUGCAAGUUCCACAGAACAGUGGCUAUGGAUAGACGCCUGCGUGAUGCAUAUUUCAUUUACACUUUCGAAGGCCUUGAGCGUUGAUUUUUUUCUCAUUAUUAUUAUUUCUGUAACGCUUGCCAAAUAACUCCAUUGUAAAUGUAAGCGUGUUUGUUGUAUUUUUUUUUUUUAAUAUGACAAACAUGUACUGUAUGGUAUGUAUUUAUUCCUGUAAAAUACAUAGCAGCUUGCUUAUUUAUUAUGUAAAACAGAUUUCUUAACACAUAAUAAAACAAUACUACUUCCAAAAAAAAGUAGUAGUAAAAAAAAAAAAAAAAAAAAAACAUGAUACAGUAAAUCUUCUUAUUAUUAAUGUAUUGGAUUUAUAAUGGCUAUGUUCAAUCUAGUUACACUACAGAGGCUAUAAAAAGCAGUAAAUGGCCAAUUCUGUGCAAUCUGUGGUUGAGCAAUGGCUAUGGAAGAACUCAAGUAGCGCACAGCAACAAUUAAAAAAAAAUAAUAAUAAAAGGGAUCUUGCUGAGAUUUAAUUUUAGGGAAGGUGACGGGAAAGGUUGAAGCAUGCGAGUGCAGAUGAGAGGGGGCCUCUUGAGAAGUAAGAUGAAAAUUCAGUAUUAUGCAGCUUAUAUUAACAGACAGACACGUCUGUAUAGAUUUCUUAUGACCCGGGAGACCCUGCAUCUAAAUUCUUUAAUAGGAUAUUGAGAUGGAAGUUUAUAGAUCAGUAGAUAAGCUAUUUGCGUAAUGAAUUGCUGCUGUUAUAGAGGGGCUUGGGAAACACUUAUAACCUGCAACUGCUAUAGCUUGAGCCCUGCAAGUACUGCUGCCUCUAAGCAUGCUUUCAGUUUGUUGUUCAGAAAGUAAAAGCAGUAUUGGCCAUUGUGUCCUGACUGGAGUUUACAGCUAUGGCCAAAUGUUUUGCAUCAUCCUCUAGAAUUAACUAAUUUUGCUUUAUAAAGUCAAAUGAAACCUGCUGAAUAAAGUUACAUUAACAUAUUGAAUUACAUACCGCUUUGUAGUUUUCCCAUAGAGACAAAAAUUGAAAAAUGUGACAUUUUGACAUCGAACAUGAAAUACUGUACUACUAUCAUGGCUUGCGGUGGACUUUUGCAAUAUUUUAGUUGAUUACAUGAUGUU